AUGCUCUCCUUCGCUCACUUCUCGCCGCCCCCAGCGAUUGGCGUCGGCCUCCUCGGCGUCUGCGUCCUCGCGUGGUGGCUCUUCUUUGGCGCGUCGCGCACCGACACGCCAUCUCCUACGGCACCCUCGACGACCGCCAUGACUGCGACCGUGAGCGCCGCUGCUGCGUCGCCAACUUCGCUCGGUCCGCCCACGUCUCUCGACAACGUUCAGCCCUCGUCCUCACCGACAGCCUCGCCAAGUCCGGCGUCCGACAUGGACGACAGCGUCGAGAACACGAUGCGCGCCGACGCCAAGGCGAGCGAGCCCAAGGCGUCCGAGACGGCGAGGUCGACGAGCGGCUCGAGCGCAGCCAAGUCGAGCGGGACCGACUCGGCGGCGUCGUCGAGCGAGACGUGGACGGGCAAGGCGACUUUCUACCAGCAGCGCGGUGUAGCAGGCAACUGCGGCAAGGUUAACGCCGAGAGCGCCCUGAUCUGCGCGCUCCAGACCAAGCUGUACGCCGACGGCAAGAACUGCGGGCGCAAGAUCCGGCUCACGAGGAGCGACAACGGCGAGAGUGUCGAGGUCGAGGUGGCCGACCAAUGCCCGUCGUGCGUCGAGGAGGGGUACGUCGACUUGAGCGAGGGGGCGUACGACAAGCUCGGCACGAGGGACGAGGGCUGGUUCGACAUGUCGUGGUACUUUAUCGACUGA